AUGAAGAGCGCCCUGAUCGCCGCGGCCGUCCUCGCCGGAUCCGCCCACGCCGGAAUUCACAAGAUGAAGCUCCAAAAGAUUCCGCUCGCUGAGCAGUUGGUCGGUGCUUCUUUCGAGGCUCAGGCUCAGCAGCUGGGCCAAAAGUACCUUGGUGCCCGCCCUGCCAGCCGUGCCGACAUCAUCUUCAACGCCAAGGUUGCCGAGUCCAAGAACGGCCAUCUCGUGCCCGUAUCCAACUUUGCCAACGCUCAGUACUUCUCCGAGAUCACCAUUGGCACUCCGCCUCAAACCUUCAAGGUUGUCCUGGACACUGGUUCCUCCAACCUCUGGGUUCCCUCCCAGUCGUGCAGCAGCAUUGCUUGCUUCCUUCACUCUACAUAUGACUCGUCGUCCUCUUCCACGUACAAGAAGAACGGCUCCGAUUUUGAGAUCCACUACGGCUCUGGCAGUCUGACUGGCUACGUCUCCAAUGACGUUGUCCGCAUUGGUGACCUCACCAUCAAGAACACCGACUUUGCUGAGGCCACCAACGAACCUGGCUUGGCCUUUGCGUUUGGCCGCUUCGAUGGUAUUCUGGGUCUUGGCUACGAUACAAUCUCCGUAAACCAUAUGGUCCCCCCUUUCUAUCAGAUGAUCAAGCAAAAGCUUCUUGACGAGCCUGUCUUUGCCUUCUACCUUGGAUCUGAAGAGGAGGGGAGCGAGGCCGUCUUCGGCGGCGUGGACAAGAACCACUACGAGGGCAAGAUUGAGUACCUUCCCCUUCGCCGCAAGGCUUACUGGGAGGUCGACUUUGACGCCAUUGCGUUUGGCAAAGAGGUUGCUGAGCUCGAGAACACCGGUGUCAUCCUGGACACUGGCACGUCGCUCAACACUCUUCCUAGCGACCUUGCUGAGCUUCUCAACAAGGAGAUUGGUGCCAAGAAGGGCUUCGGCGGCCAGUACACAAUUGACUGCGCCGCACGCGACAAGCUUCCCGACAUCACCUUUACCCUUGCCGGCUCUAACUACACCCUGCCCGCUACCGACUACAUUCUGGAGCUUGGUGGUAGCUGUGUUUCUACCUUUACUCCUCUGGAUAUGCCCCCGCCAGCUGGUCCUCUGGCCAUCCUUGGCGAUGCUUUCCUCCGCCGCUACUACAGCGUCUAUGACCUCAACAAGAACGCCGUUGGUCUUGCCAGGGCUAAGUAG